UGGCUCUACACUUUCUCUGUUCUCUCCUGUUUCAUUCCUUUCCUCAUCAUCGAUUGGCCCAUUCUUGUAGACUCAAGUUCGUUCUCGUUUAACUUUGUGUUGAUCUUCUGAUCGGAGAAUAAAAAUCAGAUUUCGAAACACUUGGCCAACAUGUUGAACCAAACGGACGUGUUAAAUCGCGAAACGAUGGAUGGAACGUUGGCUUGCGAUCUGCUUCGUAAACAAUUUGUUGUUCUUUAUCCUGUCGAUGCGUGGAAGUCGAACGGCUUCUUCGACGACGCUGAUCUGAUGGAUAUUAACUGCCACUGGUUGCAAUUCAAACCGGCCAGACCGGCGGCUCAUUUUAUGCUCGCUAUUAUUUAUGCUGUUGUCUUCGUCAUUGGUCUCGUCAGCAACAUUGCCAUCGUCUACAUACUCUUAAGCUCCAGGAAAUUGCUCACGCCAGCCAAUAUUCUGCUGGUUAACCUAGCCUUCAGUGACCUGUUGAUCAUACUCAUGAUUCCAAUCUUCAUUUACAACAGCUUUCUUCAAGGACCAGCAAUCGGUGGCUUUGGUUGUAAAGCUUACGGCUUCCUAAGCGGUUUUUCCGGGACUUCGACCAUAUUGACAUUGGCUGCUGUAGCGGUCGAUCGCUAUCUUGUCAUCAGCCGACCAUUAGAGUUAGGCAAGAAACCAACUCGUUCGUGGUCGUACGUAACCAUCGGACUUAUAUGGUUUUAUUCGGCAACGUUCGCAUCGCUGCCGUUUUUGGGUGCCGGAAAGUACGUGCCGGAGGGCUAUUUGACCAGUUGUAGCUUUGAUUAUCUGUCGGACGACAUUGGAACCCGUGUUUUUAUCCUGAUUUUCUUCAUCGCCGCCUGGGUGUGUCCAUUGGCGGCCAUCAUUUUCUGCUAUGCAGCAAUCAUCCGUGCGGUCUACUACGUCCGUCAAAAUGUCACACGAGGGCCGUCUGAACUUGGCGUUGAAAAACAGCGACAUCGGCGGUCACCUUCACCCAUUGCCAACUCCACCCCCACCACAGCUCGUGAGAAAAAAAUCGAUAAUCGACUUAGAGGUAUCAACCAACCGAAUGUCGAACUAGCAAUCGCCAAAAUUGUUGCCGGUUUGGUCAUCAGCUGGAUUAUAGCUUGGACUCCGUAUUCUCUCAUUGCUUUGUUAGGAAUUUCAGGUCAGAGUCAUCUCUUGACUCCCUUCAGUUCAAUGUUGCCCGCUCUGUUUGCUAAGACGGCCGCCUGCGUUGAUCCUUUUAUUUAUUCGCUAAACCAUCCCAAAAUCCGUCAAGAAAUCAUUUACCGUAUGUACAACUGUUUCCUCCAAUCUGCUGGACGACGAGGUGUCUCUUUCAAUUCAGAUAUCCCUGAGUGGAAGAUGAGCGGAUCGGCCAGAGCCACUAGGCAGCAAUUUUACCAUAGCAACCUGCAUCACGGACGGAUUGCUGGCCCGCUUUCUUCCUCUCGUCGAUUACACAGAGGCCAACAGGUCGGAUUGUCAAGCGACGCAGUCAGAGGAGACUGUAGCAUCAAUGAUGGAAAGGACAAUAAAAAUAACAUUACCAGCGAGUUAUCCAGUGAAGCAAACCGUUCCUUCAACAUUGAAGGAUUAGAAUCGGCAGAUAUUAUCACUGACAUGAUUGAUUGUAAUCAAGAUUGGCAUUUUGGACGACUCCGACGUCUUUUGUCAGGCACCGAUGAGACAAGUUGUACGUUUGAAAAUGAGGUUUCCACCAGUUUGGUUCACAUCCAUUCGACAACUAAUCACCAUCUCGCUAGUGCUAUAUCAUCUUCAAUGUCCACACAGCUCUAACAGGUGCUACAGCAAAGAAAAGAGUAAAGAGCAUGAAAAGGAAUUUGAAGAUUCAUUCCAUUGUACAUUUACAGUUUGUCAAAAGCGUCUAAAUGUGCACAGUCGAAGUGUAGAAUCGAUGCCGUCUUGAUGGAAUUUAGUAUGCCAUGUGUACUUAUUUUAUAGGACAUUGUUUAAUUUUACACAUCACAUAGUUUUUAUCGAAAGCUGUGCUAAUAUGUUUACUAUUUUGUAUUUGGGAUUUACAUCUACAUUUACUUUUGGACGUUAAGAAUGUAAAUGGCCUUUGUUAAUGGAAGUGGCCCUAGUACGUGUUUGAUUUUACUAUGAGUACGUAAUAGACUGAAAUAAACUACUAGUUUACUGAAA